CAGAUGAAAGAAGUCAAAAAUUUUAGGCUAAAUACUGUUUCGGUUUUAUAUUCCAAAAUAAGUUAUAAAAAAUGCAUAAAUAAUGUACAAAUUGAGCAAAUAUACGAAUGAAAUAAAUAUGCUUGAGUUAAAGAACUACACUUGAUUGUGAUAAAAAUAAUGUUACAUGAAGUUACAAAACAAAGUAAUUCGGUUCUCGCAAUACACUGUUAUUAAUUAAGACCAAAUGAAUCGUGAAAUUAUGAUUGAAUGUGUUGAUAAAUUUUUAUCAUUUCUAUUUACUAUGUACCCAGUUUAGUCUCUGCGCAACAAGAUGUACCGGCUUUAUUAAAUUAUUAAAUUAAAUAUAUUGCGAGUGCAAGGUAGGAUAAUAACACAGGCAUCAAGAUGAAAAUGAAAACGAAAAAAUUGUGUACCCGACAUUGGUUGGCAGCGUUUUGUGGAAUCGGACUAAUAUUGUACUUCUGGUGGCUUAUAUCUAAAAUCACCUUGCUGGAAUCUCAGAACAAAGUAUUUAAGACACAAUUGAAAUAUUCACAAUAUAAUACUUUGGUGAAGAAGAUGUCUGUUGAUUCCGUGUCUACAUAUGAAGUUCCUGUGAUUCCAGAUGCAGUUGGUACUCUAUGUGAAACGGUACAUAUAGCGCUCGUGUGUAUGGGCAAAUGUUCAAGACAGAUCACACCAAUGAUCAAAUCUUUGAUGCACCAUCGGCAGAACCCCAUACACUUCCAUUUUGUUGUGGAUACCAAUUCACAUAGAACUAUUAACACGCUGUUUGAUACUUGGGAUUUGCCUGAUGUGAAAUACUCAUGCUAUAACGCCGAAGGAUACUUAUCACAAGUGCAAUGGAUCCGCAACAGCCACUACUCCGGUAUAUAUGCGCUGGUGAAGCUCCUGUUUCCAGACAUACUACCUGACUCUCUCAGUCAGGCCAUAGUAUUGGAUUCUGAUCUGACUUUCCUGUGUGAUGUCGCUGAGCUGUGGGCCAUGUUUAGGAAUAUGACUGAUGACCAGUUCAUAGGCCUAGUGGAGAAUGAAAGCAGUUGGUAUUACACGAACAAACCAAACCGAUGGCCAGCAUUAGGCCGAGGUUACAACACAGGAGUAAUGCUACUAGAUCUCAAGAAAAUAAGGACUACUACAGACUGGACGAGGCUCUGGCGGGAUGCCGUCAACGACAACAUAAAAAGACUGAACCACACAACACUGGCUGACCAAGAUGUUAUCAAUGCCAUUAUUAAAAGCCAUCCUCGUUUUGUCUAUGAUAUGAGCUGUCAGUACAACGUACAAAUGUCGACUACGACUCUAGCCAAAAAUUGUUAUGGGGAAAAUAAGGAUAAUGUUAAGAUAAUACACUGGAACUCUCCUUUAAAAUACGGCGUGAAGAUACGUGACGCUCAUUAUUUCCGCGACAUCCACCAGUCGUACGUCAACUUCGACGGCUACCUCCUGAGGGAGAAGCUUCACAGGUGCACCUUUAUACAGCAUGUUACUGUCAAAAUGAACAACUCGGACCUAUGCACCAGUUUCCGCGCGGCCCAGCAAUUGAAACUCCGCACACAUCUCUACUUCAUGGACUAUAGCUACAAGAACAAUGACAGUUUCGACGUGACGUUAGCUCUACAGCUCUCUAUGGAUCGUCUACUAUUUCUUGAGAGACUCGUUAAUUACUGGGAAGGACCACUGAGUGUAGCUAUUUACUUAGCUGACUGUGAUGUGGGGAAGCUGUUGAACUUCAUAGAAAAUUGGUCUGAUACUCUGCGAGACAGGAAGAAUAUCGGGUACCAUCUCGUGUUUAAACAUGAUCAAGUACACUACCCAGUUAACUACCUCCGUAACGUAGCGUUAGCCAACGUGAACACUCCGUACGUGUUCCUGAUGGACGUGGACUUCGUGCCCAUGGUGGACCUCUACUCGCACCUCAAGGCCGCCAUCAAACUCAUCAAUCCUUACCCUCAGAAGAAGUGCCUAGUAGUAGCAGCGUUUGAGUCGCAGCGCUACCGUAGUUCAGUCCCGCGCAGUAAGGCGGCGCUACUGUCGCGCCUGGCCGCGCGGGAGCUGGCGCCCUUCCGCCAACACGAGUGGCCGCGCGGGCACCGCCCCACCAACUACACGCGCUGGACCACUGCCAACGCUCCCUACGAGGUUGAAUGGCAGUCGGACUAUGAGCCGUAUUUAGUAGUGCACAGAUCUGUGCCUAAAUACGAUACCAGGUUCUCAGGCUUCGGCUGGAAUAAGGUAUCCCACAGCGUAGAGCUCCGCGCGCAAGGGUACCGCGCGGUCGUACUGCCGGGGGCCUUCGUAGUGCACACCCCACACGCGCCCUCGCAGGACAUCACCGCCUUCAGGGCCGACCCGCACUACCGCAUCUGCCUUGCCUUAUUGAAACAAGAAUUCAUGGAGGACCUCAAGAGUAAAUACAACAUCACAUUCAAAGAACCUUCGAAUUCAGACCCAAUGUAUCUAGCACAAGCUAAGAGUUUAAUACUAAACCAGGCAGGAGAUCAGGACCUAAACUAACUGAGGUUAUCGGUUUCUAUUCACCAGAUGGCGCUAAUGUAGCUUGAGGUCAUGUUUAUUCAAUCAAGGAGGCCCAAUCCUCCCACGCCCUCUGCAAUCCCAAAAUGCUCAAAUCUCAAAUUCCUAAUCCUAAACAGCUGGCAUCGCACUUAUAAUUCCUCUGGUGCUAGGGGUGUCUAUGGGCGGCGACGAAGACUCACCAUCAGGUGAUCCGUCUGCUCGUUUACCGCCCUAUACCC